GUUUACGCGAGCAGACUGCUUGCCAGCAGCCCAGUCCGGAGUUCGGGAGUCAGUAGAUGUUUGAUUUGCUGCCGACCAGAAGUGUGUGCUCUCGAAAACGAUCGCGCGCUUGAUAGGCCAGUAGUGUGCUAUUCCGCUGGAAGGUGAAGAAGCCAAAAGAGAUUUGUUUUUUCGUUAAUUACUCAAUCCGCGUGCACGCGUCGGGAAACCCGUUUGCAAGUUAGUUUCUGCAGGAAAAGUGCAGUGAAAAGUUCUAUUGAAACGGUAUUACGGCAAUCAGUGACAGUGGAGGAAGAAAACGGAAGAUUUAGAACCAUGUUAAAUUGUGCCGAUCUAGUGCAAUUCGACCAGUACAGCUUGCAGCUGUACAACUAUGCAAUGGUGGAGCGUUUUCGGACGAAUCAGUUUUUCAAUUACGGAAACAUAGUGGCCGAUCCGAGAACGUUGUCCCGGUUUUUCAAGCCGUCGGUAUAUGUGACGAAUCCGGCUGAGGUCGGUCCGACUGCCUUGCUAGCCGACGCCAGUAAACUGUCCUCUGCACCAAAGCCCCAGUAUAGCUAUAUUGGAUUGAUCGCGAUUGCGAUUCUAAGCUCCCCGGAAAGGAAGCUGGUGCUGUCUGACAUAUACCAGCACAUAUUGGACAACUACAGCUAUUUUCGUAGUCGUGGUCCAGGUUGGCGCAACUCGAUACGACACAAUCUCUCGUUGAAUGACUGUUUCAUUAAAGCUGGUCGGUCGGCCCACGGUAAGGGCCACUACUGGGCCGUCCAUCCGGCAAAUGUGGAAGACUUCCUAAAAGGGGAUUUCCGACGUAGAAAAGCUCAGCGGAAAGUUCGCCGCCACAUGGGACUCACAUCGGAUGACGAUAUUUUCGACAACAGCUCCCCGAGGCAGUUUUUCCCAGCAAUUCCUUCGUCGCCGGUUCUGAACCCGGCUGCUUAUAUGCCAACCGCUACGGAACCCUUGUCGCAGGCAGCCGCGGUGGCUGCAGCGACUGUUUGCGCAUAUCCGAGCGCCAUCGAGCAGCAGCAAGUGGCCAUCAUCAAAGGUGCUAUGGAGAGCUUCUCCCGCAAGCGGCAGUUUGACGUAGAGUCCCUGCUCCGACCAGACGAUGCCAGCUCACCGUCGUCGGUGAAUUCCUCGUCGCAACCGCAACCGUCGGAGCCACCGGAGAAGAAAACUAAACUACCGUCGCUACCAGGUUUCACACCAGCUCAUCAUCAUCUUCACCAUCCUCAGCACCACCAGCAUCAACAUCCACUGGCAGCGUUUGGCAGCCUGGCUGCAGCGGCAGCCGCCGCUACGUCUGCCGUAGGACUACCGAAAGCGUUGCAGAAGCAGCAUCAGCAGCAGCAGACCUAAGUAGAACACAGAAUGGACCCCAUGUCCGGAGGCUUAACCGUUUGUCUAGCGUAGCGUAGGUACCCGUUGUAGUUUGUAUAGAAUUUUUCUUAUCUCGAUGGAAAAUGGAAUGCCGCUGAAUGUAGGCUAACUGUAACUCUGUGAAGGAAGGCGAAUCUAAUUAAAAAGAUUAGUGAACAUGGGUCUGCUGAAGUUGUUACGUUUGUUUGUUUUUCUGCGGAUAUGAUUUGAUGGUGAGAGAUGACUCGACUGAACUUAUCUUUUAUUUCUUAGAAUAUAUUUUGUACAUCCCACACAAAAGAUUUGUUUUUCAAUAAACUGAAAUGAAAUUUGAUCCAUUUGAAUUGAAGAUUAACUCUACAUAAGAACUUCUUAUCACAAUUGGAUUGUUACAAUGGUAGACUUAUUUUUCUCAAGUUUGCCAACUAUGCUUUAAAUCGCCGCCAAUCGCUUCGCCAAUAAUCAAAGUGUAGUGACGCUAAAUCGUUUCUUGGCUCAAGUGUCGCUUAGUGUGUUGAAUUCACUGAACUCUUUUGAAAAACAAAAAUAACAAUUAGCAUGAUUCUAUCAAUUCUUUCAGGUUUUCUUUUUGCCUGAACCGUUACUAGCAAUAGUUAUAAUUGAGACGUACAUCUGUCAUUCGUCAGAAUAACUCCUCAACGCGAGAUAUCAGCUCAAGCGCGACGGCGACGCAGAGUAGCUUUUAUUUUGAUAAUUAAAGUAAGGUUAUUUUAUUAUGUGUACUUUCGUUUUGUUGCUUGUUCUAUUUUAGAGUAUUGUUUUUGGACAAUUCUAAUUCUAGAAUAUAGUCCACAAAAUAUAUGACAAACAUGAAAUGAAUAUACUUAUUUGAGUUCAUGAGUUUGAGCGUAAACGGAUAAUCUAGUUUCAAUAGUUAUACUGAACGUCCCCUUUACAGCCUCUUAUUCUCCAAAAUACAACCACUACAUCCAAAAUAAAAACAUUUAAGAAGCAAAAGAAAACUUCGUAUAAUCGAGUGUAAAGUCUGAAUAUAACUGGUCGACAAAAUGAAAAAAGUGCAUUCCAAAAGCUCAAACCGGGGAUAAAUGGAAAAUUAUAGAUAUUCAACCAUUCCUAUGAAUGUUGGUGCCCCUGGCUAGUACCGAUUUGCCUUUCUCCUAGAAAGGUAUAGCAAUCACUGCAAAAACUAAAGGUAUAAAAGUGCUCACAAGGGCCGAAUGUCGUAUAUCACUCGACUCAGUUCGACGAGCUGAGCAUUUUCUGUAUGUGUGUGUGUGUGAUGUGAAAUCCAGCUAUGAAAAGGAACAUAUUCCGACGGCUACUUGGACUCACUCACUCUUCUCAGAGAUGGCUGGCCUGAUUUCAACAAAAUUAGUGUCAAUUAAUAAGUCUAGCUGCCUCAUAACACCCUUUUGAAUUUUACUGUAAUCAAACUGUAACUUCGUCUGUAAUGUACCGAAAUGUGAAAAUCACGAAACUCCAUUAUCUCAGAAACUACACAACCGAUUUGAUCAAUAUUAUUAUCAGAUGAGCGGGCUAGUUAAGGGUUAACUGAUGAAUUAUGAUUGGACACGUGGUUUCAAAGUUUGGCUACCCUAUACGUUCCCAUUUCAUUUGAUUAUAAUCGAACUUGAGCAACCGUUAUGUAUUUAAUUGUUAAUAAAACAACGAAAGUCUAUUAUUUCAAUGAUUACAUGAUUUAUUUGAACAUAGCAAGUGUCAUACGAACGAGUCAUCUCUCGAACUCACAAAUUACAAACUUCAUAAUAAUUUGAUAUGUGGCUCGAAAGUUAUGGAAAGAAAAGAAAUUCAAAGACUAUUUAAAACUAUACCUGCUUUGAUCGAAAUAUGUGGCCUCAAUAUAAUUCAAAUGUAGAACCGUACUGUUUGAACAUUCCAAAUUCAUUGAUUCCUUGCGAUGUGUUCAAAGUCUGCAAAUGCACGACGAAUCGACCAUAGGAUAUGAUCAAAAUCAAAUAACAAAUCGUUUGAAAUGAUUGGUUUCAUCGAAAUGACAACAUCCUCGACUUUUGGCUUCUGUACAUCGCCUUAAAUCUGAAUAUAUAUUCAUAUUGUGUGGUAUUCGUUCAUUUUCAGCAGACUUUCUGGCUUCAAUCUGACACCGGAAAUACCCAUAUUGGGAGGUAUUUAGUUAUUUUGGUUGUUUUCCACAAACAAAAUUGGUCGUCUUCAAAUUCAAAAUGGUGUCCAGGGUCAAUGUUUGAUUUCUAUGCAUCAUCUCGAUUACGGAAAUAUCCAUAUUGAGUAUUAUUCAGUCAUUUUCGACUGUUUCAUAGAAGUUGCCAUUCAGCAAUUCAAAAUGGUGCCUGAGGUCAAUUGUAAGCUCAUUGCAUCAUUCUGGUUCCAGAGAUACUCAUAUUGGAUAGUAUUUGGUUAUUUUAGGCUGUUUUACACAAACCGGAAAUCGCCAUCUUGGAUUUCAAAAUGGUAUUUAAGAUAAUUUCUGGCCUCUGGUUGGGUCAUUCUGGUUGAAUGAUUUUAGAGGUAACAAAUAUGUCCAUAAUGGUUCGUCGCCCCUCCCUCUUCAGGAAGCACAUGUUCCUGGGAAACAGCCGAAAAUGAUCGAAUAACACCCAAAACCGGAAGUCGUCAUCUUAGAAUUCAAAAUGGUAUCUGUGGUCGAUUUUAGCUCCUGUGUAUCAUUCUAGAUCCGGAUAUUGUUAUAUUGGGUGGAAAUCGGCCAUUUUUGGCUGUUUUCCAGAAACCGGAAUUUGCCAUCUUACAAUCCAAAAUGUUGCCUGAGGUCGAUUAUGGAACAUAUUUGUUACCUCUAGAAACAUUCACCUGCCAAAUUUGGUUCCAUUUAGUUGGUUAGCUCUCGAGAUGUGCAGAAAUUUGUGUUUCAUUUGCAUGGAACCCCUCCAUUCCAGAAAAGGGAGGGGCGUCCAACUAUUAUGAACAUAUUUUUUACCCCUUAAAACAUCCACAUGCCAACUUCGGUUUCAUUUACUUGGUUUGCUCUUCAGUUGUGCAGAGAUUUAUGUUUCAUUUGUAUGGGACCCCUCACUUUCAGAAGAGGGAGGGGUCUCAAACUAUCAUAGGAACCUUUAUCGGCACCAAAAACCCCUACAUACAAAUUUUCACUUCGAUCGGCUCGGUAGUUUUCGAGCCUAUAUGGUUCAGACAGACAGACAGACUGUACUGCAUUUUUAUAUGUAUAGAUUGCAAUAUAAAUAUUUUAUAACCUAAAGAGUGAAUAUACAUUUAUUGGAUUGAAGCGUUCAAGUAAAUCUAUUUUUAUAAAAAAAAGUUUGAAUGAGAAAGGCUGGAUCUGACCGCUAGGUGGGUUAAUUUAGGUUUUUCAGAGACUUGAAUGAGUUUCCUCGUAAACAUAACGUUAAAGCAACCAUUCCUAGUGGUUGAAUAGCUAUAAUCUUUCAUUUGUUUCUGGUUGAGCUUUUGCAGGGCACCUGUGUUGACGAAUGUAAUCGAGUCGAAAAUUCCGAAUAAUCGAGAUAGAAUGGUACUAUGAAACCUAAUUCCAAUUGGGUUGUUUAUCUGUAUCAGUUUUUCAUAUCAUCUGAAAGAGCUGCAAUUUUUAAGCAAAAUGUGAUUUUCAAAAAAUUUCUAUCGUUGUCCUUCAAUUUUUAAAUCACGAAUCAAAACUGCUCGAAAUCUGCUCGAAAUCGCUACAAUGACAAUUCGCCCAUAUACCAACUGUCAUUGAAGCGAUUUGGAGCGAUUUUUAUUCAUCAUUCAAAAAUCAAAGGACAAUGAUAUAAAUUUAAAAAAAAAAACGUUUUGCGCAGAAAAUUACACUUUUUAGCUGAUAUAUAAAAGUUAAAAAUCCGUGGGAAGCUAAACAAACCAAUUGUGUAAAAUAAUAUCAAUGUGUAAUGGCAUCUGCCAAAGAUGCCAUUUCAUGGAAUGCAAAGUAACUUUCACAUGAAACAGUGGAAUACGAUUUAUGACUGCUGAAUUCACGUUUUCGUGUUAUGUUCGAAACUAACUGAAAUAUGCAUCUCGUUUGCUUAAUUUCAUUGGGAACGAGCAGUAGUUAUUGUUGAUAAUCACCAGUAUCUUAGAGCUCACAAUACCGAUUCACUGUUGCGUGGCUAAGAGUGCUGCACUCCUGCUAUCUGACAAGAGAUGAAUUUAUUUGUCCUUCUUUCAAGCCCGCUACACGAUACAAUUUUUUAUUUCGUUGCGUAGCUAAAAAAAGCAAAGCCUUGGUCCUACAUUCCGUUUCGGAACUUAACCUUGAACACAGACUUCGUAGUCAACUAGUUAAUGUACAGGACGACUGCGGGGCUAGCGAUCCUACAGACACUAACAGUCUCUCCCGAGUCGAGACUCGAACCCACGACGACUGGCUUGUUAGGCCAGCAUCGUAUCUCGAGACCAACUGGAAAUGUUGCGUUGCUGAAACUUAUCUUAAAAUAGCUUAUUUAUAACUUUAGCGUAGAAUAUGUACAAUAGUUUAACCAAAUAAUAAACUAUACUGUACAAAACAUACCUUUUUCAGAAAAAUGAACAGAUUCAAACUUAGUUUUUCAGUUUCAGAAAAAUAACUUAUCUCCAUUUUAAACAUGAUGAAACACACGAUUUUCACUUCCAAAUGAAAACAGAAGAUAUAUUUUUCGUUAGCCCCAUUCAGAAAUAUCAACAUUUGAAUAGGACGUAUUUCCAAAAUUAGAACGUUAAUAGCUUUACACCCGUAAAAGAUAUCUUUAUGUUUAACCAAAAGUGGAGUUUGUUUUUAGGUCUAGAAGCGAUCCAUAAGCUUACUUAGAAACUGAAAAAGCAGAUAAGAAUGAUUGUUUUUUAAGUCACUUCAAUCAAAAUUGUUCUAAUUCAACCACUUCAAGAGCUAUCAGAAAGUUAUGUUUUGAAAAGUAGUUUAAAAUCAAAUGAUAUAAAACUUUUCCGAAAACAAAAUAACAUUUUCUCACAAACCUGGUUUACAAGCUGAUUUGUGACCCCUCCCUCCUCUAGAAGGAAGCGCUGCUAUACAAAUGAAACACAAAUUUUUGCAUAACUCAAGAACUGAUCAAGCAUAUGGAACUAAAUUUGGCAUGUUGAGGUUUUUGGAAGCAACAAAUAUUUCUGUGCAUGUUCGACACCCCUCCCUUAUCCCACAUCAAAAUUUUUGCCUAACUUGAGAGCUAAUGAAUAGAACCAAAUUAGACAAGUAAAGGAAAUGUGGAGGCUCCCAUAAAAAUGAAACACAAACUUUUACAUAACUUCAGAACCAACUAGGCAAAUGGAACCAAAUUUGAGAUGUUGGGAUUUUAUUUUUGUUUAUACAACUCGAUCACCGCACUGCGUAAUGGACUUGACUUCAUUAUGACACUUAAUGAACAUUGUUUCAAAGGAGAUUUCGUGGUUUUGUUUACACAUGCAUAGGUAAUCUCAUUUCAACAUCUGUCAAAUCUUAGUUAUACACUGAAACAAAAACCACGGAUAAUUAUUCCUCACCCUGUAUUACAAUUAACGAUGUUUUAAGCACAAUUCAAGUGGAUAUCCUCGUUCCGAUAAAACCAGUCAAUGACUGGCAGUCAUUACAAACGAUUUGCCUUUUGGGUUUAAACGUAUCCGAUUUCAGAUUCGUCAUGCAUUUGCAGAUUUCGUGCAAUUUCAAGGCGGCACGAACGACUUCCAUGGGCAUUUCGUCCCAUAUACGAAGGAUUACGGUUCUGAAUCGGGCCAAUGUAGGUAUCCUCUGCUCGUUUAUCUUCGACAACAUGUAUGACCAUACGAAAUAAUCCAAGGGAUUCGGAUCUGGUGAACUGGGAGGCUAUUCAUUUUUGGCCAAAAAGUCGGUCAAAUUUUCUGACACCAGUUCUAAACCAGAUUCGCUGUGUGAGAGGGUGCCCCCCUGUUGAAACACAUAAUGAUCUUCUCCUAGGCUGACCAGACGUACCGUUUUGAACGGGAUAGUACCGUUUUUUCGACUGUUUUAACCCUCCCGUCUUUUUGUCAUUUUGUACCGUUUUUGGAUACUCUUUGAAAAAAUCUUAAAUAGAGCUUCGCAUUGAAAUUUUCUUAAAUGAAAAUAAGUUUCCAAGCAGCCAGGAUUUUCUAAUAUUACUGAGUAAGUUUUGUGUCUUCCUGACAGUACCGCCCCUAUCAUUCCCAUUCCCUAUCGUGAAUUUAUGAAAAAGUCGCGACUGAAAAUUCAGACCAUGAUAAUUGUUGGUCAAAAUUUCGAUCAUCAUGUGACAAAUUUCAGAAACUUAUUGCAAAAAAUCACAUUCUUCAGGAUCGGACAAGUUCAUCAAAGCAAUAAAUAAUUGUGUGAAUGCUUUGGUUGGUAAAAAUUUUCAAAAAUGAAUUUUAUCAAGUGUCCCGUUUUUUAAACCCAUUUGUCCCGUUUUUAUCCCGAGAAAAGCCUAUCUUCUCCGUACAUUCUAUCUACGCUUGGCUUUACAACUUUCUUCAAAAUUUCCGUUUUGCAAUAAAUAACGUUAAUUUUAACGUCUUUCUCAAUGAAAACAAGCGGUAGCUUCCCUCGCUUGCAAAUACCUCCCCAAACCAUCACUGAAGCGGCACUUUGGAACCAAGGCACGUUUCUGUCACUGUCCGGGAUAUUCUGCGAAGAAUAGGCCCACAAUCUGUCAUUUUGGACAUUGUGAGACUGUUGCAGAACAAAUAAUUUUUUAUCCGAAAAGAUGAAUUCUUUUCCGGCGUGCCGAGAUAGUAGGAGAGUAGUUCUUUCGUACCUUUUUGUCUUCGAAGCUGCUGAUACUCCGUGAACUUUACGUUUCUUGAAAGCUUGGCAUCUCAGGUCUUGCUUCAGCACGUUGUGUAUGGUUGAUUUGGAAACAUUAAGAUCAGCGGCCAUUAGCCAUUUCGUUCUCUUACGAUCUUAACCACUCGCUUAGUCCUAGCUGAACGUGACCGACCGGACCUCUUCCGGUCAUCCAGUGAGGAAGUGUCACGGUACCUUCUAAUGGUCCGAUAGAUAUAAUCACGCUUUACUCUCAGGUUUUUCAGGAUUUUGAAAAUAUGGCCUGGGCGCUCACCUUCCAAAAACCAUUUUGUCACUUCGGCACGAAAUUGUUUCAUCGUCGAUAAACAAUGGACACUUAAUGAAAGGGAACAAACUGCAUCUUGAAUAGUCUGUGUGAACAUGGUACAAAAUUACACCAAUACAUAUUUGUGCGUAUGUGCUACCAAUUUAUCACAACAAUGAUAUAAAAAAUGUAUGGGAAUAUAUUGUACACGGUGUAAAAGAAUUUGAUCUUGAUAAUAGUGUAUAUUCUGUCACAUAGAGUCUGAGAAUGGAUUGCAGUAUAUUUUAUAAUGCAGUAUAACGAAUCAUGACAGCUACACUAAACAAAGACUUAUCAACAUGCUAUUUAGACAUAAUCGAUUUCGAUGAGAAUUAUCGGAACGUAAACUAGUAUUGUUAUUAUUCACUUUCCGGUCACAAACACCUAGGUUAGUAACGCUAACAUGGAAUGUUGACCUGUUGCUAUACUUCCUAGUUGUUUCGAUUCACUUGGGGCAAAGAAAGUUGUUUUCUAAAGAGUUGUGAAAUUAAAAAUCUAGAGAGGAAUUUCUUUCGGUGCAGUCUUUAAAAUGUGAAAAGAAAACGAUAUUUUCCUCUAUCACCGGCGUUUCGAAUAAUCUCUAUCCUUUAAGGAGGCUCUACAAGUGAAUUAAGACCAAAAAUUUUUUUGUAGAAACAGUUACACAAUUUAUACAUUCAAUAUAUCAUUACCUAGAGGUUCAUUUUCCUGUAAAGUGGCUCUUCGGCUUAAGCAUUAGUUGUCAAAAGAAGAUAUUCAUCAACCUCAAGACAUCCAAAAAUACAUUAAAUUAACUAAACAAGAUAUGGAAUACAAUUUUAACUUCUUACAUAAUGAAAAUUAAUACUAGAAACUAUAACGAAGCGAAAUUCGUUGCACUCUAAAUCAUACUAAACAAUUUUUUCCGGAAUCAGAAACUUGCAUGCAAACUCUAUAGUGCACAAGUUAUGCUGUGUGACAUGCAAGAUACUGGUUACGGAAAAAAUGUUCAGUGUGAUUGAGAGGACUGAAACUGAAGUUUUUCCAUAACUAACAUGAUAAUGUUUGCACAGGGAACAGACGUUCAUUUUAUUUUCAAACAGCGCUGUGAAUCUUUGAUAAAACCAGUUUUGUUACUUGGGUGAGACACUACAAGACAGAUGUUGUUAGUGUUUUAACGUAUUUUGAUGGGAGCUUCCUGGCCGCAAGGUUACAGAGUCCGCUUUGGUAAGCGGGUGGUCGUUGGUUCGAAUCUUAGUAAAAUCAGGCCAUUUGGUUGUCAAAAGACUUUAGCAUGGGUUUAUUCUCAAGCUUUAUACCACGGACCCGUUCUUCAAUUUGAAGUCUACAGUACCCCUGUUGACUCUCCCUCUAACAAAAAUAAGUCCCUACUAAAAAAACUGGUGUGAGUGACGUAUGAAAAUUCUCUCCAGGGUAUUGUAAUUAGGCGAUAUUGUUAAGCUUUAAAUGGAAAGGUAAAGCUUACACACAAGCACGAAUAUAAAUAAUAAGCGUAUCACUCACAAUAGUGCUACUUCUAAUAAUAUGAAGUGCGAAGUACAGAAAACACCUGGGCAAUAUCACAAUAGAUCUAAUCUCUGGUCGCAGAGAUGAGUCCACACAGAAAAAAAGGUAUAUUGAUUCAAAUUUUUACACACGACUUUCAAUUUUUCUUCAUAUAAAGAUGAAGGUCUGUUCUCUGUGGUGUUUGUGAAAAUAAUCUCACAGGUGACGAUGUACUAUACCUUAGUAGAGUAGUGAGGGGCAAAAGUACGCACUUAAUUGUUCUUGCAACAGAACUAUUGCUAACAAUUAUCAUAAACUUCGGUUUUGUUUCUAAGCGGUACAUGAACAUUUCGCCUUCAAAAUGUAUUACCAGAGUUUUUCGAAUUUUGUUUGUAGCAUGAGAAUUUCACUUUUUAGAAAAAAUACUCAGAUGUGAACUUUUACCUCAGAUGCAAACUUUUACCCAGCGGGCAAAAGUACGCAGUUUACGGGGCAAAAGUUCGCACUGUAUGAACAGUGUAUUUAUUACACUAUGCUUAAAAAGUUAAUGGUUUUCCGCUGGUUUGGCACUGAUUCUUUUUAGCUGCGUUUGAGCGGUGGCCCGAAAUAAUUUCCUUACUUCGGUUUUUUGAGGAUAUGUUUGGGUGUUUUGGUGAUAUAUUCCAAAAAUGGACCUUCCAGAAGAGAUUCCACUGGGGCUUCUAGAGAUCAUAGUAACGAAUUAUUAAAAUUUAUUUUCGGAACCGGGGUGAUACACAGAGAGCCGAAAACGACCCCAGAUGCCAUAUUAGAUUCCAAAAAAGCGACUUCCAGUUUCCGAAAAACAACCAAAAUGGUUGAAUACCAACCAAUACUGGUAUUUUCGGAAUUGAAUUGAUGCUCUGAGAUCAAAAAAUCAACUUCAGACGUUAUUUUUGAAUUAAAGAUAGUGACUACCGGUUUGCGGUAAACAGUAAUAAUUGACCAAUACCACCCCAUAUGAGUUAUUUCGGAAUCGAAAUGAUGCCAAGUAACCUGAAAACGAUCCCAGACGCCAUCUUGAAUUCCAAGAUGGUGACUUCCGGUUUCCGGAACACAACCUAAAAUGGCCGAAUACUGGUACCGCUGGUACCAGCGUCAUUUAUUUCUGUGGCAUACCUUACCUUACCAAUCAGACGAGAGCCGUGGUGGCUCACGCUGUAUCAAGAAGUUGUCACCAUGUUGUUCGGUUUUGGGUUGUGUUUCGCCAUUUCCCAAGGCGUCUUAUCACCCGCAAGUCUCCUUUGAUCUGGUCGAGUCAUCGUGAACGCAGCGCCCCUGUAUUUCGGGUGCCAGCAGGGUUGGUGAAGAGAAGUAAUUACGCAGGGUUGUCGUCCGGCAUCCUUACGACGUGACUGGCCCACCACAACCUAUUGCCUUUCGCCAGGUGUACAAUGGGGUUCUCUCCAAGUAGCGCGUGCAGCUCGUGGCUCAUGCGCCGUCGCCAUUCUCCGUUGUCCGUCUGUACUCCGCCGUAGAUAGUCCGCAACACCUUCCUUUCGAGAACUCCAAGGGCGUUAAGGUCCUCUGCGAGAAGCAUUGUUGUCUCGAUUCUGUUAAGGACUAUCGGUCUUAUCAGGGUCUUGUACAGCAUUAACUUCGUGCGUCGUUGCACUCGACUCGAUCGAAAUAUCUUCCGAAGUGAAAAGUAGGCACGAUUUCCAGCCUGGAUGCGUUUUUGGAUCUCUUUGCUGGGGUUAUUGUCGGCGGUCACCAAUGGACCCCAAAUGUACGAACUCGCCGACCACCUCAAGCUCGUCGCCGUCUACAGUGACUUAAGUUUGGAGGCUAAUGUUGUUCUCCUUGGCUUCAGCUUUCAGUUGGGUAAUUCUGUGGCAAAAUACAUCAAUAACGACUGUUUUGACUGCGGGCCGUGUUUUUAGGUGUUCCGGGCUUACGAAAAUGAACCACGGUUUUUUGAACACCCAAAACUGUUCGUUCGUCCGAAACCGAAGUUUAUCGAAAAACAUCACAAUUUUUGAGUGUAAGAUACAUAUUCUGAUCGAUGUGUGUAUGAUACAGAGAUAUUAUAUUUCACAUAUUUUUUGUGCGAACUCAGAGCAUUUUUUUUUUUCGUUUUAAGAGGACAUAUUGGUUAAUUAGAGCUUGAACUUUUGCGUGUAGCAAGUGAUUUGAAAAGUAAAAAAGGCCGUAGCCACGAAGGCUCGUCCACAAAUAUAAGCUUGACCUAGCACUACGGAUGAUAUGACCAACUGUGUUGGCUAUGCAUCAUUUAAAAUUCUGAAUUUUAUUCCUUUCCAAUAUUCUUAUUGCGAAGGUGCUGUGGUAGCAAUACAUAAUGUGACUCUCCUCUUUCACCUCCGAGGCUUAUUUCACACCAAUAGCAGGACACAACUGUACGGCAUGGUUGUACGGUUUUUGCGCCUUAAGGGUAUCGCAAAUUGACUCGCCAGUACACAGGAUAGGAAACAAAAUUGGUUACGAAUACCGUACUCAAAUGUACGAGUCAGGUAAACACCAAAUAACGAUUUUUCAACUUGUGUGAAAAUGGAUGAUUCCUUCACCACACUAGACCCCCAGUAACUUGCGAGAUAAUUCAAAAUGAGGUCGAUGAAGAAGAUAAGAGAAUAGUAAAUCUGAAGAAAGACAACUACUACAAAAAAUCAAAAGAAAUUAUUUUUCAAUUCUUAAAACUUAGUUAACCCUCUAGUGCCCAAGUUAAUUUCUAGACGGGCUUCGGUAAAAUCACUAUGAACCAUUGUAAAUACUUUUUAAGUAUUUAUUGAAGCUUUCCAGAACUUCGACUGAAGCCCGCCAAAUGGCGGCAUUGGGCACUAGAGGGUUAAAUGCACAAAUUGAUUUUCAAAUCAACCCUGAUUGAUUUCUAAAUGUUCUUGAGCAUGGGUCCAAACAACUUCGUUAUAUAUGGUUCUACAGAUAUAUUUUUUACCAGCCUUUUGAACAAAAAAAUAUUUUGUUUGCUCUUUCAAUUUUCCAGACGAUAGUUUCAUUCUACACCAUAUCAGAGAUAUUUUAUUGCCCUCUAGCAUUUUCGCAAAAUAAUAUAAUUCCAAUUCAUAAACCUUAAGUGUAUUAAUCUGUUUUUUUCCGAACUUAUUGAUGAUGAAUGAUGAAACCCUUUAUUUAAGCAAUUGAAAAAGUAGUUUACGUGUUCCAAACGUAAAAUUGUAAAAAGCCCAAGACCAGGCGGAAAUAAAUUAAAUAGAUUGCAUGUGCACAGGAAUAUAGCGACUGCCAUUCCGUGUGAAAUCUUGCAGGAAACCGAAGUAUUUUUUAUUUCUUGGUUUCCUUAGUGUUCAGUUACAACGUUCGUUUUUAGACUUCAGUAGGUACCUAUACCAGAUCAGGAUGAAUAAUAGAGUGGUUCAAGUUUCGUUUUUAGCCAAAUCAAUCACAAUAGCAUUGAAAUGAAAGACUUGUAGUAUUUGCAUAAACUUGCUCUAAAUACCACAAUAAAGAAAAACAAGAAAAAAGAAUUCAAUUCCCCACAUUACAUGUCAUCUCUCACCAGCAGAUUAAUUCAACAACUCUCACACCCCUCCGAUUGUACAUAGAUUUCCAUUUCGGCAAGUUCAUCUAAACAUCACCCCAUUACCACCGGCAGACCCUACUGUUGAAAACUAGCGAUCCAAAUCGUCCUAAUUGUAUCCUAUUUAUAGAUAUAAGCAAAAACGAUGAAGCAAAGAAAAUCGGUAAAAUAAAUGUACUUCACAAGAAAAAAACCAAUCAACCAAUCUCCCCGAAACCAAAAUCAAACUACAAGCACAAUCGACUUCCCACAAGAGCCAAAUCGACAAGGACGAUGACGACAACAACAACAACAACAACAUCUACGGGAACAAUAAAAAAGCGUACGUUCUUAUUUUGCAUUGUUUCCGAUUUUCCCAACUGAUGACUGAUCUGAUCUUCCGGGUAACAAUCGAACCGGAAGUGUCUCGUUAGCGUGCAUCUUCCAAGUUCCUAUUUUCCAUUUUGCUCGCCACGCGGAACUGUCUAAUUGCGUGACGGUAAAUUUCGUGCGCCCGUUAGGAAAGUGUCCUGCUAUAUGCAUGCUGCAUUCAAUUACCAACUGAACGGCACAAUGACGACAGGCAAGCAAAAGCGAAUAAUCAGACGCAUAUUGUUUCCUGUUCGGUACACGUGCACUUGAAUGGUGCCAUUGUUCAACGCGACGAGUCGAGAAAAUUCAGGACGCUCUGGACGGAAUGGUUUCAAUCUCAAGGGAGUGAAAGAUUUAAAAAAAUGUAUAUAUGUAUUAAAUAGGAUUACUUCUGUCGAUCCGCUCGGAAGCAGCUUUUCCAGGUUUUCCUAGCCCUUGUUGACUGUGGCUUCUUUGUGUUGUGCCCAUUAUUAUUAUUGUUGCUAUCAUUACCAUUGUGUGUUGGAGCGUCGUUUAAGCGGAUUUGCGUGGUGCGGCUGAUUAUACUUACUGGUGGGUAUACGUACUACUGCAACUGCGAAAAAAGGGGUCCCAAUCGAGCGGAUUGGGAAAUUAAUUUUACGUUUGUAGUUAUGGUAACAUUGUCGGAUUAAACGUAUAAAGCAACGUGUUCAGAUAAGCCCGGAAGCACAGACGGUAUAGCGCAAAAGGUGCGGAGAUGCAGUUUUGGUGAAGGGGUGUCCUCGAUCGGCUGCGUAGUGGCAACAGGUAAGAGUUGCUUUGCAACUGAAACGGAUUAGGCUGAUUAAUUACUUCCGAUUGUUCGAAGGUGUUGAAUCUUUUCCGGUCACUGACAUGGAGGAGCGUGGAUGAGCGUUUUUGUUUGUCGUCACCGCCUUUAAAGCCAUUAAAGUAACAUUAAUCGACUGAGUUAGAA